UCCCAAUUGUCAUUGUAUUUUUUUCCCUUAUGAACACCGGGGACGAGUCACUCUCUCUUCAUCGCCGGAAAAUAUACAUCUCCUCCGUCGAACGUUCAAGUCACAAGAAAUCAAAAGGGUUCAAAGUCUCUGCGAGGAAGCUUGCGUCAAGGCUUCAGAAGCUUCCUCCUAAAGCUGACGGUGCAGAACGUUUUAGCUAUCAGAUGGAGGGGAUAACUAAGUGGGACUUGGGAUCAUGCCGAACGUAUUACUCCGUUGAACCUUAUGAGAAGUUUCAAGAAGAAGAGAAUAUAGACGGUGGCCUCGUUCCUCGUCUUCAAGAUGAGCUAUGGAAGGCUCAAUCUAGAAUCAAAGAGCUUGAAACAGAGAAGAUUGGAUCAAAGGAAAAUGGUAUAAGAAACCAAAGAAUAAGCUGGGAAGAAAAUACUGAUUCACUUUUUGAUUACUUGAAGGAGAAGUUAAGCAAAGAAAGGGAAGAGAGGAAAAGAGCUAAUGCUGAGAAUUCUAUGUUAAAGAAGAAGGUGUUGGAGAUGGAAUCAACAGCAAAUCGGUUGAGGAGAGAAAGAGACACACUAGAGAAGGUGUGCGAGGAACUGGUGACGAGGAUAGAUGAACUGAAGGUGGAAACAAGGAGGAUAUGGAAUGAGACGGAGGAGGAAAGGCAGAUGUUGCAAAUGGCUGAGAUGUGGAGGGAGGAAAGAGUUAGGGUCAAGUUGACGGAUGCUAAACUUUCCUUGCAAGAAAAGUAUGAAGAGAUGACUUGGUUUGUGGAUGAGUUAGAGAAAGGUUUGGAGAUGGUUAGAGAAGUAGGAGGAGUUGAGGUGAUGAUGAGGUUGAGAAGAGGUGAACUUUUGAUUAAGAAGGCAAGAUCUUUGGAAGAUGCAGCUAAUGAUAUAGAUUUUGAGAAAUUUAAGUUUGUAUCUGAUGAUGAUAAUUAA